AUGGAUGCGCCAGACCAAAGCAGCGGUGCCAACCGGCGCCGUCAGGCGUGGUCGUUCUCUCUCUCCAUCCGCCCCUCCGCGAGCCGAAGAAACAGGACCUCAACUCCUCCACCGACUUGCGAAGAAAGCGUGCAUUACCCCAUCUUCAACCCGCGAGACCCACGACACAACCCCUCUGCGGCUUCAUCAUGGGUGAAGGACGACUACUACGCGCCUCAACACCCCAACCCCUCAACGUCCAUCCGCUGGAUGCAGGACCUGCCCAGGAGGUCUCUCCGCAGGGCUCAUUCGGGGUUCCUGGCCUUUACAUCGGGCAUGCGCCGGCGUCCCAUCACCACCCGUCCCAGUCAGAGCGACGACAUCCCGAGAAGCUGGUCCUCGACCGAUUCUGGCAAAGACUUCUCAGACCAGCAGGCGACGCUCUACUCGUCGACCGUGUCUGAGGCGAGCACGGAAGAAGAUGUCGACUUCGGGACUGAUCUUCAGCGCAUCAGAUGCAAGUACCCGCCCGAAACGGAUGACAACCUGGACAGGUACUUGCAGAGCUUGCCGUGCCCCUUUGCUUGGGACGACUGGGUGCCCUCAGGAUCGGCAGCUGGGCCUAGCCACAGACCGGAGGCCCUUGCCCCUGCGGUACCCAAUGUUAGGUCGGCACGAUCGUCUCAUACUGGCGCUACGGAGGCAGGGAGCCAUGAGAUGGCGCUGAAUGAGAUCCGUGCCCCUCCGGGCGACGGCAGUGCAGAAGGGGGAGCUCAAGUGGAUGGAAGCUCGCAGCAAGUCCCCAGUGCUAGCGGAUCGUACGUUUCUCUGUCGACAGGCAGCGAGAAUGAGGGUCUUGCGCUGGUUUCUUCCGCCAGUGGCAACCCGCAGUUGCCCCCUGCAACCGACGACACUCCCGAAAGCGCCACUGGCUCGGCUUUCAGCAGCUCUCGCAUAUCAAGCACUCUUCCGGUGCCCACGAUCGAGGUAACCAGCUGUCCUACCAUGCCCAGGGAUUGCGCAUCAGAACGUCCGCAAGUUGCAGACACGGAACUCGCCAUGGAAUCUUUGGCAUUGUUUGAUCGGCUAGGGCUGGAUGAAGGGCAAAGCGGAGAAGAUGCCAUGGAAUCUAAAGCAAGUGAAUCUGUUCCUGAACAUUCUGGGCAUUCAGAAAGCCAGUCUACCACCGACUGCAACAGCCACGAGGCACCCUUGCAUGAUAACCACGGAGCACAGAGUGGCGGAGAUAGCAGCGUACCUGGCAACGCUAGUGAAGGGCCAGACUCGGAGCACGCACAGACAGAUGUUGACUGCACCUCCCCUGCUCACCGCACUGAUCCAAGGGAAGAUACCACCUUCGGCACCGACGGGGCGGGCGACCGUCCUGAAGAGAACGCGGACGCAGCCUCAGUGUUGGAAAGUUCGUCAUCCCAUGGCGACCUGACAUUGCUGCUUGCUCUGAGAGAUGAGUAUUUCUUAGUCGACAAAUCGAACGACCUUCGCCCGGACCGGGGCAACGGCGCCGCCAAAGCGGAGCGCAGCUUCAGCGGAGACGGAUGCUUAUAUAGCGGGCCAGGGCUCGACCGCAACUCGUCGCAUCGACCACAGGAGAUCCCCGAGAUGAUCGGUCCCCGAACACCGCUUCCGGUCCAUACGACACGGCCCUUCCGGGUCGAGCGCGACGCGAGCGAUUCGACGGACGAGUAUCUGAUGACGUAUCCUGGCUCCCCACGCCAUUACUUCUCAUGA